GGCGGCAACUUGAAUGGGUCGCCUCUCAUUGGUCGACGCGUGCUGCUGCUUGCCACUGACCACCUCCGAGUCCAUGCUGGGCAGGUCCUGCUCCGACUCCUGCUUCGUCCAUACACUCUUAUACCUUCGCGGAUAGGCCCAACCGACCUGAAUACUUGCACCUUUGAUGGAGGAUCCAGAAAUUCAGGAUGUUCCAGUUCCGGACGUGCCCUGGUUCCGAGGCUCGACGGAUGCUCGCCCGUUCAUCUUGUCUAAAGUGCUGAAUUCUACGCAAUCAACGUCGUUGCCCUUUCACUGCACCGCUACUUUCCCUUGGUCCUCUUCCUCUAUGGAGUGCUAUGGGAAGAUCCUGGCGGACUGGAAGAAGACGACAGACGACUAUGCAGGCUCCGUCGCGAUUGGCGGUACAGGCGCAUUCUAUCCGUUCUGCAUACGGCUGCCCGAUGAAACAUGGGAAGUGCAAUGUGCCGCAUGGGCUUUGAGCCUGCGGCAUCCCACCGAUCCCCUCAUUGUCUUCGCGCCCUCCAGCGUGAUCUACAUCCUAGAUGUUAAAACCCGCCGAAUAAUCGGCCGCCUGCGAGGCACGGAGGCUGGAAAGCCCAUCACGUCGAUAGCCGUCCAUCCCGUUCAGCCCUACCUUCGGAUCUACGACCUGACAUGCAACCCGUUGCAGCAUCCGAACAACCCGUGUUGGCCGCCAUCCAAGAAGCCUAGCCUCGCGGGGCCAGCGUUCGGGCUGCAGAUGACAGAGAGCGAGGGCGAAGGCAUCGGCCAGUGUGUCGCCGUGCUCGUGGGUGGCGGUCGGGCGUUUCAUAGGACAGAGCCGCUCAUAGCGACUUGUGGGGUGGACCGAGCCGUAAAGAUAUGGCGUAUCCCUCCACUUGUAGAGGGCCAUUUAGCGAGGGAAGACAAGCCGCUAUUCAGUACAGACUACAUCCACAAGGCCCGCGUCCUCUCCAUAGCAUGGCUGAGCCAUGACAUCCUCAUCUCACACAGCGCCCCCGCAUUGAUGCGGGAGGGCGACGAGCCAGAUGAUCUGUACGUAGAAACGGCACAGAUCUGGCAGUGGCUUGGGAUGAACCGUUUCUCCGCCCGACGGGGCGACAAGCCGAUACCCAAGGUCAUGCGAGGUUGCGCGAGUGACUACCGAAACAGCGGUGCAUCAUUCAAAGUCCUCUCCGCGUACCACCUCCCCCUCACCGCGCUCCACGCGUCGGUCUACACACGUGCGGCGUUCAACGUGACGCACUUCCGCCCACGUCCGCGACCGCCGUUCCCGCUGGACGAGGAUGAGGUCGUCGCGCUCACGAAGCGGAUGCGGUUGGACGACGGCGACGGCGAUGGCGGGGGUGACGCCGGGCACUCGGGGAACGCAGGCCAAAGCUCUUCGGGACGAGACGAAGGUGAGCGCGGUGCACAUGGAGAGGUGGGGACGCCGCGGGGGGCGGCGAACAGGAUGGGGAAGGUGAGGAGGAGCGAGGACGAAGGCGACCAAGACGUGUUCCACUGGGAUGCGCACAGGGAGGGCUACAUGGUGCGCCAGCGCUCGCGGCUCGAGGAGCUCUUCGCCGCCGUCGAGGGCUGGGACAUCGACCUCUCUGCGGUGGCGGAGGGGAGGCGCGCGGAGCUGCCGGACAUCAGGACGUGCGAGGUCGCAUCUGGUGGAAGGGUUAUUUUGGGCGCAGGCGAUAGGGGGACGAUGUACGUGUGGCGGUUGGCGGAGUGAAGGAGAUGGUGUGGGCUUGGUGCGGGCUAAAAAUAUGUGGUCGUGCUGUUGUGGUCGCCAUGUUGUGUGCGUCGUUUGUAUGUAUCGUUGUCACGCAAUAGUCUGUCAGUGAAGUGGUUGGCAUGACAUGGAUAUGUUAGCUGUC